AUGGUUGUGGUUCAAGCUAAUAAGAGACCGUCUUUGUCACUGGUAGAAAGCGGGAAAUCUGGAAUUAAUAUAGUGGCGAAUAAUGUAAUGAAUACAGCUGUCACAGAAAGUGACUCCUUAUAUUAUGUGUGUUUGAACAUUAAGAAACGAUUAGAAGUAUUACCACAAAUACAACCAUAUUUGAAUUUAGCAUAUACAUCAAGUGAAUUAUUGAGUGAAAGACAAUCAUUAUUAUUAUCUCAAAAACAACAACAACAAUUAUUAGAACAACAGCAAUCAUCGUCAUCUCAAUCGGGAAAUACUUCUAGUAAUAUUAGUAAUGGACCUAAUAAAAAUAGUAGUCAUAGAAGCGUUUCUUCCAAUUAUAGUAAUGACGGAUUUGGAGUAUUGGGAAGCACAGGAAACUCUACACCAACAACAAUGAGAUCAAGUUCUAUAUCGAAUAUUAGUUUUAAGGAUGAGUUUACAUUAGAUGGUAUAACUUAUAAUUCAAGUAAUGGUCAUAAUUCAGUUAGUAUGGACGAUACACAACUAACGUACAGUAUGGGUAUUUUACCAAUUUCUAUGGAUUGUGAUCCAGUUACACAAUUAGCACAACUAUUUCAACAAGGUUCACCAUUAUGUAUCUUGUUUAAUACAGUUAGACCACAAUAUAAAUUACCUGUUGUGUCAUCUGAUGAUUUGAAAAUUUGUAAAAAAUCAAUUUAUGAUUUCAUCUUAGGUUGUAAGAAACAUUUUGCCUUUAAUGAUGAAGAAUUGUUUACCAUAUCAGAUGUAUUCGCUAAUUCUACAAACCAAUUGGUGAAAGUUUUAGAAGUGGUCACAACAUUAAUGAACGCUGCCCCGGAAGUUUUCUUAUCUACUUCAAAAGUUCAACAAAUGAUAGAUGCUGAGAUAGAACAAAAUCAUAAAUCAAGGGCUCAAAAAUCUAAAGCACAUGAAGAAUAUGAUAAAGUUAUCAAGGAAUUUAUUGCCACAGAGAGGAAAUACGUUCAUGAUUUAGAGACUCUAGACACAUAUAAACAACAGUUGUUAGAUAAUAAUUUGAUCACUUCAGAGGAAUUAUAUAUGUUAUUCCCAAAUUUAACAGAAGUAAUUGAUUUUCAAAGAAGAUUUUUAAUCUCUUUAGAGAUAAAUGCUUUAGUAGAUCCACAAAAACAAAGAAUUGGUGCAUUAUUUAUGCAUUCUAAAUUUUUCUUUAAAUUAUAUGAACCGUGGUCCAUUGGUCAAAAUGCUGCUAUCGAUUUUUUGGCAAAUACAUUAGAUAAGAUUCAAGAUUCAGAUUUAGUAAUUAAAAAUAAAUUGGAAUUACAAUCUUUUUUGUAUAAACCUGUACAAAGACUUUGUCGUUACCCAUUGUUAUUGAAAGAAUUAAUUUCAUGUAAUUCUCAUGAUGAAAAAUCAAGUGGUUCAGAUAAUAUUUCAAAAGAAUUAGAGAUUGCUUUAGAUAUAUCAAAGAGAAUCGCAAUGAGUAUAAAUGAGAAUCAGAGACGUACUGAAAAUCAUGAAGUUGUCAAGAAAUUAUAUGGUCGUGUUUCAAAUUGGAAAGGGUAUAGAAUUGCCAAGUUUGGUGAACUGUUAUAUUAUGAUAAAGUUUUUAUCUCUACCAAUAAUUCAAGUGAACCAGAACGUGAAUUCGAAGUAUAUUUAUUUGAAAAGAUAAUUAUCUUAUUUUCUGAAAUUCAACCAAAAAAAUCAUCUCUCAUUUUAAAGAAAAAACCAACUUCUUCAGGAUCAAGUUUAACUUUAAAUUUAACGUCAUCUAACCAUCAUAACUCAUUUACUAAUAUAUCAUCAGGAAAUAAUAGUAGUAAUAGCAGUAGUAUAUUCGGUUCUAAUUCGAAUACAGGCAACGCAGAACCAAAAUUAGAUCUCCGGGGUCGUAUUAUGAUAAUGAAUUUAGAUCAAGUUACUCCGUUGAAUUCAAGGUCAUUAAAUAUUACAUGGGAAUCUAUAAAAGAACAAGGUAACUUCUUAUUGAAGUUUAAAAAUGAGGAAACAAGAGAUAAUUGGUGCGCAUGUUUGCAAUCUUUGGUUCGUAGCGUUAAGAGUGAAUCAUACAAGAGUAACCAUAGCGAAAACUCAUUUGUUUCUACUACGAGUACAAAUACACCAAGUGAUAGGUCACAUAGUGAUAAACGGAAAGACAGUCGAGCCUCUAAUAGCAGUUUGUCCUUUAAACGUAUGUCUGAUACGUUACCAAAACAAAGACGCAGAGUAUCUAAUUUCGAUAUGGAACAAAAAAAUAAUAAUAUUCCAGAAAAUUUACUUGUACUAAAAAUAACCUUCGAUAAUGAGUCGUUUAAUGUAUCCAUUAACAUCGAUACCAAAUUUGUAAAUGUUUUAGAUACGAUACAGAAAAAGGUAAAUCAUGAUGUAUCCAAAGUUAAAUACCAGGAUGAGGAUGGUGAUUAUAUUGUGCUCGCAUCAGAUGACGAUUGGAUCGUUGCAAAGGACAUGCUAAAGGAAAAUGGAGAAUAUUCGCUAAAUAUCUGGGCAUAUAGCUAA